UUUUCCCUUUUUUGGGUCAUUCUCUGUGUAGAGUUAAUUUUGAUUGGGUAAUGGAGGAAUCAUUAGGGUAUAGGUAUAUGUACAAAUUGAAAUUAGGGUUUUUAGGUCCAUUUGUUUUCUUCUUUAUAUUCUUUUUCUGCAACGUUUUAUUUGUGAUUAUAUUAGGGUUUAAGAAAGCAUGGCAGAAGCACCGACAAGUUCAGGAGGAGGAGGCGGUGGAGGUGGUGGAAGUCAUGAAAGUGGAGGAGAACAGAGUCCUAGAUCAUCAAACGUUAGAGAACAAGAUAGGUACUUGCCGAUUGCGAACAUCAGUCGGAUCAUGAAGAAAGCACUUCCUGCUAAUGGUAAAAUCGCUAAGGAUUCUAAGGAAACUGUUCAGGAAUGUGUUUCUGAGUUCAUCAGUUUCAUCACUAGCGAGGCAAGUGAUAAAUGCCAGAAAGAGAAGAGGAAGACAAUUAAUGGGGAUGAUUUGUUAUGGGCAAUGGCAACUUUAGGUUUUGAAGAUUAUAUUGAUCCAUUAAAGGUGUACUUAAGUCGGUACAGGGAGAUGGAGGGUGACACGAAAGGUUCGGCGAAGGGUGGAGAUGGUUCUGCGAAGAAAGAUGGUGCAGGAGUUCAACAUGGACAUAUUUUCUAGGUUACAUGAUUUACCUUGGUACUUAUUAGGCAUGAUCUCUGAAGCAAAGGAGCUGCUCGCAAACAUUCCACAUUCAACUCUGUACAAAGUUUACCGAGAGGCAAAUCAGGUGGCUGACUCUCUUGCCCGCUCUCGACACUCAGCAAUUUAGUACACCAUUAUCCACUGAAUGUUGGCUGUUAUCAUGUCAGUAUUUCUGCUAAGGCUGUAAUCAGUGACCUUAAUGGAACAUCUUAUCCUCAUGUAAUGAAGAACUUGCUUAUUUGGUCCCAGAAUAAAAGAAUUUUUUUUCAUCA